CUGCCGGGAGGGAUGAGCUGCAGUCCGUAGGUUUGCCCAAAAUGGCAGCCUUGGAGGAGGGGUUCACGUUGUCUGCGGUACCCUUGGGUGCCGGGCCUCACGGACUCCUAGGCGUGGAGCAGAGCGACAAAGCAGAUCAGUUUUUAGUGACGGACGGCGGCAGGACCGUCAUCCUCUAUAAGGUUUCUGAUCAGAAACCCUUGGGAAGCUGGUCGGUGAAACAAGGUCAAAUUAUAACAUGUCCAGCUGUAUGCAACUUUCAAACUGGAGAGUAUAUUGUUGUACAUGAUAAUAAGGUUUUGAGAAUAUGGAGUAAUGAAGACGUAAACCUGGAUAAAGUAUUUAAAGCUACAUUGUCUGCUGAGAUAUAUAGGAUACAUUCAAUACAAGGGGCAGAACCCUUAGUGCUCUUCAAGGAAGGUGCUGUCCGUGGCUUAGAGGCCUUGCUCGCAGAGCCCCAGCAGAAAAUUGAAACUGUUAUCUCUGAUGAAGAAGUGAUUAAGUGGACAAAGAUUUUCAUGGUAUUUAAGCAUACUGUUCUAAUUUUUAUUACUGAAAAACAUGGAAAUUACUUUGCUUACAUACAAAAGUUCAACUCACAUACCUUAAGCAAAUACACGCUCUUACUUGGACAAGAAGAAAAAUCUGUUAUACAGAGUUUCAGCGCAUCUGUGGAUCGGAACUUCAUCUCUUUGAUGUCAUUAAGCUCUGAUGGAUGUGUAUAUGAAACCUUGGUACCAAUACAUCCACGUGACCCAGAGAAAGAUCAGAGGGUGGUUAGAUCACUGUUGCUCAAGACUGUGGUGUCUGGUGAUGCUCGAAAUGGUGUUGCACUCACCGUCCUGGAUCAAGAUCAUGUAGCGGUCCUAGGACCACUGCUGCCGUCUUCCAAGGAAUGCGUCUCCAUAUGGAACACAAAAUUUCAAACACUACAGGCUUCCAAAGAACUACCACAGGGGACCAGCGGUCAACUCUGGUAUUAUGGGGAAAAUUUAUUUGUGCUACAUGGAAAAUUUCUUACGGUGAUUCCGUACAAGUGUGAAGUAUCUUCAUUAGCAGGUGCUCUUGGAAAACUCAAGCAUAGUCAAGAUCCAGGCACUCAGACUGUGCCUCACUUUGUAAACUGGGAAACAUCUCGGGGACAUAGAUUUGGAUCCCAGAACUCAGAGCAGUCAAAGAGAAUUUUAAGGAGAAGAAAACCUGAAGUGAGUGUACAGAAUCCAGCAUCCAAACAACUUCUAUCUGCUAUAAAGAAAGAUUCAGAAAAACACAUUGAAGAAGAACUAUGUAAAUUUUUGGCUAUUAAACCAACACCUGACUUUAAUACUAUUAUUGGAGACAUAGUAUCAGAACUCCUGGGAAGACACAAAGCAGAACCAUCAUUUUAUCCUCGGAACUCUUUGAUGCAGCUUAUCCAAACACACGUGCUUUCUCAUAGCUUAUGCCCUGGCUUGAUGGAGGCUGCCUUAGAAAAGGCAGAUGUACAGAUGUUACAGCUCUGUCUACAACAGUUCCCUGACAUUCCUGAAUCAGUCACCUGUGCUUGCUUAAAAAUUUUCUUGAGCAUUAGUGAUGGCAGUCUUCAAGAAGCAGAAAUCAAUAUGGAAUCAGUUUCUGACUAUAGUGAUUCUGUGCAAGAAGAGAAAAUGGAAGAGCAAACGGAAGUUCUUCACAAUGGCUUCAAUGCUGAAGAAGAAAACUGUGGUAACUGUGAUCGGGAGUUAAACAAAAAGCCUCAGGAUGCAGCAGAGGAGACCACGUCGUGCCCUGUGAUACCAAAGAGAGCAGCUCUGCUAAAUGCAAUUCUUCAUUCGGCUUACAGCGAAAUGUUUCUUCUGCCUCACUUGAAAGACAUUCCAGCACAACAUGUCACUCUAUUUCUCCAGUAUUUGUAUUUCCUUUAUCUGAAGUGUAGUGAAAAUGCUACUAUGACUCUUCCUGGGCUACACCCUCCAACCCUGAACCAAAUUAUGGAUUGGAUAUGUCUACUUCUGGAUGCUAACUUUACUGUUGUUGUGAUGAUACCAGAAGCAAAAAGGCUACUGUUGAGUCUUUACAAGUUUGUGAAAUCCCAGGUUUGCAUUUGUUCCGAGCUCAACAAGAUUGAAGUAAGUUUUCGUGAGCUGCAGAAAUUAAAUCAAGAAAAGAACAAUAGAGAAUUAUAUUCAAUUGAAGUGCUGGAACUCUUCUGAUAUAACCAGUUCUCCUUCACAGACGUUUUAUGAGCCUCUUUUAUCUGAUUUCUUCCUGCUUAUCCAGGCAAGGGAUGUGUUUUGUUUGUGACUCUCGCUGUCAGUGACAAGAGAAAUGUGUCCUCUAGUACCUGGGCCGUCACUUACGGAUGCUUCUGGGUUGGACUGUAGGUUUCACGUGAACCUAUUUUAGUUUAUAGACAUUGGUGGGGAGAGGUUCCGAAGCUUUUUUUAAAUAUGUAACUGAGCUGAUUUUAAGUAAACUUAUUUGUGUAUUGAUAAAAAUCUGAUUUCUUACCAUGUUUUUUGAUUAGUUCUUCAUUUAGUUAAAGAAAAAAAAAUCACCAUAGAAACGGUGAUUUUAAGAAGAAUGUAGUUUUAUCAGAGUCAGAAGCUGUCCCAGUGCGUCUAAGCUCUUGGGUGACAAAGGAGGUGAAUUCUGUAAGCAGGGUGGGGAAGGGUCUUCAUACAGACAUAUGCUUCUCUUCUGCCACUUCCUUCUGUACUUUACCUGCUUCCACUUACGUUCUUUACAUGCUCAGGUGUUGAACAAUACCUCAUUCUAUUUAUUAUAUCUCAGAUUAUCUUCAUGAUUAGUUGGUAAUUUAGGUUUCUCUUCUGAAAAUAGUUUUUUAUAGGUUGACUGACCAUAGAAUUCCCUGUUUUAAUUCUUUGGAUUUAGGGCAAGUGAGGGACUUUAUGUAGACAAAAUGGUAUUUUGUUUCUUGAAAAGAAACUCAAAUUUAUCUUUGGUAAAAGUGAAAUAAUUCUUUCAGGUGAUGAAUAAGAUCUCUAUAAAUAACUUGAAACACUUCUGAGCUGUGCAAGUCUCUGUUAAGUAAAUCGUUUUGAAACCUGUUUUAACUUGAAGGGUUAGAAUAAGUUAAAAACAAAAAUUCCUGUAAAUUCUAGUGCAGAAAUGCAAGUUCCAGUGUGAUUGUAGAGAUCAGCGUUACAGAAUCCCAGCUACUUAACAUAAUUUGCAUCGGAGAAGGGCUUCAUUUUAGGCUGGCACUCUCGGUACACUUUAGUUACAACUAUGGCAGAUAACAGACCGCUGCUGCUUCUCAGUCUGCUAAAUCUGUCUUUAAUCCUGAGAGAAAAGAUUACAAGGGUAACCCCGUAUAUUAAUUGUCACGUUCACUUC